UUGCUCGGUAGUUUAUCCAACUGGUAUGCAAAGUGGAGCCGCUGCCUCACUCAAGCAUUGGCUGGGACCGCGGCUUUGAAGUGUGAUCUUGCUCAUUGCCAUUCCAGCUCGCUGUAGGAUCUUUGAUUCCAGGGUCUGGUGAAUCGAUCACACUUGGAAAGGGGCUCUCGAGGGAAGGAAGGGUUUACUGCUGCUGACUCUGUCCAAGAGAAAGUCCACGCCGUACUUACGGGCCAUCGCGAAAAGUUUUCUUUAUCUCCAAAAAGCCAAAGAGAGACAUGGUGGGGAUUUCUGGAUCGUACCAGAUCAACGGAGAGAAGAAGCGCCCCAUGAUGCCAGGGUCUCCCGUGGACGCCAAGACUCAGUCCAGAGCUACUCCACCAGCCAUGGCCCCUCCGCCAACAGGGAACCAAGGAGCACCGAGGACAUCCUUCACCCCAGUGCCCAACGGGGUGGAACAUUCUCCCCCUGCGCUGAACGGGGUUCCCUCGCCGCCGCAGCGCUUCACCAAUGGCCCGUCGCCGCUGCUCGCCAGCCAACAGCUCCCUGCUACCUGCGGUGCCCGGCAGCUCAGCAAGCUCAAGCGCUUCCUCACCACCCUGCAGCAGUUUGGCAACGACAUCUCGCCCGAGAUCGGCGAGCGUGUGCGUAGCCUGGUGCUGGCACUGGUGAAUUCAACGGUGACCAUUGAAGAAUUUCACUCCAAGCUGCAAGAAGCAACAAACUUCCCAUUGCGGCCCUUUGUAAUUCCUUUUCUAAAGGCCAACUUGCCCCUGUUGCAGAGGGAAUUGCUGCACUGUGCCCGCACUGCCAAGCAGACACCAGCCCAGUACUUGGCACAACACGAGCAUUUGCUGCUGAAUGCCACUGCCACCUCGCCCGUCAACUCAACCGACCUCCUUGAGGUCAACGAGAAUGGCAAGAGGAGCAGCCCAGAGAGGACCAAAGAGAACGGCUUUGACCGAGAUCCUCCAGCCAAGAGGGUGUGUACCAUCAGUCCCGCCCAGCGGCACAGUCCAAGUGUCUCCUUACCACCCCCACCCAACGGGCAACUGCACCCAACUCCUCCCCCCCUGCAACACUACAGCCUGGAUGACGUGGCCAUGAGCCACCUAUACCGAGACCCACAGAGACUUCCUGAAUACAGGGACCGGCACAGACAUCACGUAGGAUCUCGUGGGGUCUAUCAGGAAGAAAUGAUUGAUCACCGACUGACUGAUCGAGAGUGGGCAGAAGAAUGGAAGCAUUUGGAUCAUCUCCUGAACUGCAUCAUGGACAUGGUGGAGAAGACGCGGCGGUCUCUGGCCGUACUCUGCCGCUGCCAGGAGGCUGACCGGGAGGAGCUGAACUACUGGAUGCGGCGCUACAACGACACGGAGGACGUGCGUAAGGGCAGCGGCGUUCACCUGCGCCAGCUCAGCCCCGGCAACGCGGACAUCAUCCAGUCUGAGCUUCUUCGGGAGAUCAAUCACCGGCCUUCAGCUGGGUACGUCCCCGAUGACAUUUGGAAAAAGGCAGAAGAAGCCGUCAACGAGGUGAAACGCCAGGCGGUCUCGCAGCUGCAGAAGGCCGUGACCGAGGCGGAGCAGAAAGCCUACGAGAUGAUCACGGCGGAGAGGGCCAAGAUGGAGCAGAAAAUAGCGGACGCCAAGCGACAGGCAGCGGAAGAUGCCUUCACGGUCAUCAAUGAGCAGGAGGACACCAGCGAGAGCUGCUGGAACUGCGGGCGCAAGGCCAGCGAGACGUGCAGCGGCUGCAACGCGGCACGCUACUGCGGUUCCUUCUGCCAGCACAAGGACUGGGAGAAGCACCAUCGCAUCUGCGGGCAGAACCUGCACCCCCAGGCCAAGGCCCUGCCCGCCGGGGUCCCGGCACCGAAGGCCCCCAAGUGCGAGAAGAGCCCAGCGCUGGAGAAGACGCCACCCUCCACCGUCACCUCCAGGUCAGCCACGCCCGCAACCACUGAUGCCAGCGUCCAGUAACGCCACCUCUGACCUGCACCGGCAAGGACGGACACGGACACCACCCCUCCCCUUCUCCCCCUCCAUCCCCUCCCUCCCACUCCACCACCAGCCCCAACCACAGUUGGACGCCCAGCGUAGACCUCGGCUUCUAGUGAAACGGUUUCCAACAACAGAAAAAUAAAUCGGCCCAUGAAUCGAGGGGGAGAAAGAGAGAGAAAAAAAAGCAAUAUCAAACCUUCUGACACUUCUUCAACGAGGAACGACUGAGUUAUUUUCACCACUUGGUCAUCAGUUGUGAGGCUGUGAUCUCCUUGUCUGUGCAUAUGAAUCUUUUUACCGUCAGAGAGGCAUUAGAAGGAGCAAGUAUGACUACACGUCCAUGGCGGCUCCAUACCAGUCAGGUGGCAAACACUCUCAGAUGAAGAGCAUUUAGAAAGUACUCAGAUGAAGCGUAUGGAAUACUCUCAGAUGAAGAAAAUACUCUGAAAUGAAGUGUGUGAAGAAAAUACUCUCAGAUGAAGAGUAUUAAAUACUCGCAGAUGAAGAGUGUGAAGAAAAUACUCUCAGAUGAAGAGUAUUAAAUACUCGCAGAUGAAGAGUGUGAAGAAAAUACUCUCAGAUGAAGACUAUGAAUAACUCCCAGCCACACUCCCAUACAAGUUGACUGUUGAAUCCAUCAUCCAAUAACAGUGCUCAGGCCUUGUUGACCCGGCUGCAGAAAUCUUUGAGACUGGUUACUGUACACGUCAGCAUUAGCCUCCUCGCUCUCCUCCCUCGUAUUUCUGCCCCAACAUUGCCUUUCCGCUGGAGCCCCUGUCCCUCCCCAUAAUCCCCUCCUCCCAACCCACUCCCACCUUGCACUGUUCCCCAAGAAGGUGAACCGUUGCCAUGCCAGUCAGGGUGGUCCCGAGGCGCCAAUUCCAUCUCUGCCUCCUUAACGCACUCUUUACCUCUUGUGACGGAAGGGGAACUUUUUCAGGAGAUUUAUAACUUAAAACAAAGUCACGGCGAUGUGGCUAUUUUUAUUCUGGCGGCUCUCGAGGAAGAUGAAGGAACUUUUUUUUAAAAUUAAACCGUGGCCCUUUCCUGCCACAGGCCCGUGGAACCUGUAGCAGGAAAGGAAGAAAUUCUGCACCCUAUAUGGGGAAGUGUACACACCGAUUCCUCUCCCCUCCUGCCGUUCAGUCCCACUCACAAGGGUGUUCCAUGAAAGCCAGGCCACUGCCAGUGGUUCCUCCAGCAGGUUCCUCCAGAGGAUGGACGAGUUUGGUGGCCUCUUUGCCCACCAUUUUGAAACGACUGACCUCUUGAGGGAAGUAUCUCCUCACCUCCUGUUUGAACCUCCUCAAAGCAAGCGGACAGUCCCUGUCGGGCGCUAACAGUAAUAAAAUACUCCAGACAUAAAUGUAAUUAGAAAAACAUGCACCAAUGUGGUGAUGUGAGGGACUGUGUACAUUACCUCAUUGUUGUCAACAGUUAAGAUAUCUGGUGAUGAUGGUGUCUAUUUACUUCCUGCCUGGUCAGAGACAAACAGCUGCCUGAGAUACUUAAACGCCUUCAGCCAAAGACUUCCUUCUUUGGCAAGCUCUCCUUACCUAAAUGUAGAAGCCACUUUCCAAGAUAGCAAAGAGGUCAGAAGGAAGCAAAGGUGAGAUUUUGCAAACAGUACCCUCUUCCAUGAUUCAGUUUUGUCAAAGCAUUUCCCCCCCCCCCCCCCCCCCCCCCACCCUUUAGUUACCACGUGCACCCUCCCUCCACCACCGCCCCACAGCAUGGAGUUUGCACGUUCUCCCUCUGACUGCCUGGAUUUACUCUGCUUUCCUUCCCAUGUCCCAAAGAACCUGUGCAGAAUUGUAGGUUAAUUGGUCCUCUGUAAAAUUAGUGUGUAGGGGAGUGGAUGAGAAAGUGGGAUAGCAUGGAACUAGUGUUGGUCAGCAUGGAUUUGGUGGGCUGAAGGGCCAGUUUCUGUGCUGCAUCUAAAUUAAAUGAGCUAAAUGGAGUCCAGCUGGCAACAGCCAAGAGUGGAAUAUUAUAUUUCAAGGUUAUAUAUUAUUUUGGAAUUGCAUAACUCUGGAAUUGCCAUGUCGUUUCUCCAUUAUCCCACAUUUCCCAUUGAAAGGGUGUGGGGUGCUGUUGGGAGGGAUUGGGUCAAGAUUAUUUCCAAGUUAUGUGAUUCCAUAAACUCAAAGGUUAAUCCCUGUUCUAGGAGUUCCCAAUUAGAACAUAUUUUCCAUGCUAAGGAAAACAGGCUCCCUGUGCCAUUGAGAGGGCUGGACCACACUGCAGCAACAUGUUUUCCCAUUGGUCGUGCAUUAUUCGCAGAACGACCAAUUGAGGCAUCCCAAGGGAACCAUCUGGUUUCCAUGGUGACGCAGCAUGAGACCCACUGCAGAAGAUUGCACGAUAAUCUUUUAUUUUAAUUCCAUGAAUAAUAAAUUUAACCUGCUUAUACAACCAAUCUCACCAUCAUUUCCUCUCCAUGAACUUUUUAUAGAUACAGGCCAUUUCGUCCAGCAGCAACCAAUCACACAAGGUGCUGGAGUGACUCAGCGGGUCAGGCAGCAUCUUUGGAGAACAUGGAUAGGUGACGUUUCGAGUCAGGACACUUCUUCGAAUUCACUGAAGAAGGGUCCCAACCUGAGAUGUUAUCUAUUAGUCUGAAGAAAGGUCCCGAUCUGAAACGUCACCUAUCCAUGUUCUCCAGAGAUGCUGCUCAACCCACUGAAUUAACUCAGCACUUAAUGUCCCUUCCCUGUGCUCCAACUAGAUUUGCACCUGUUUCUCCCCUCCUCCUCCCUCUCCACCUACCUUACUUCCUCUCCUUCACAAUUUGGAACUCUUUGAUCCUUUUAUCUCACACCAUUGUUUUUCCUCUAGCCUUUGUCAAACCAUCUGCCCAUAAAACCCCCCCCCCCCCCUCACCUGUUUUCACCUAUUACCUGUCACCUCGUAUCUUGCCCCUCCUCUCUUCCAGCUUUCCCAUAAACACCCACCCACCCCCUUGCAAUUAGUCUGAAGAAGAGUCCCGACCUGACAAGUCGCCUGUCCACGUUCUCCAGUGAUGCUGCCUGACCUGCUAAAUUAUUCCAGAACUGUGCCCUUUUUUAAAACUAGCUGUUUAGUCCAGAUUACUUUUUAAUUCAACUGCUUGAAUUUAAGUUCACCAGCUGCCCUAGUGGGAUUCAAACUCACGUUUCCUGAUAAGACUGCAAGCCUCUGACUCCAAGAAAGCAUGUCCAGGUCGUUUGUUGGAAGUCCAAUGUGCAGAGUCCAAUCCAACACUCAAGUUAAAUUGACCGGUAGAAUCGCUCCCUUACAGCACCAGUUCGAUCCAGACUACAGGUGCUGUCCAUACAGAGUUUGCAUGUUCUCCCUGUGACCACAUCAGUUUUCUCUGGUUUCCUCUCAAAUCUCAAAGACAUGCGAGUUUGUACGUUACACACAAAGUGCUGGAGUAACAUAGUGGUUCAGGCAGAAAAAGGAUGGGUGACGUUUCGGGUCAGGACUCUUCUUCAGACUCUGGUCUCUCUGGUAUAAACUAGUAUCUACUAGUUCCUUGUUUCUACAAGUUUGUAGGUUAAUUGGCUUCUAUAAAUUGCCCCUAAUGUGUAGGAUAGAACUAGUGUAUGGGUGAUCGCUGGUUGGCAAUGACUCAGUGGGCCUGUUUCACUGCUGUAUCUCUAAACUAAACAUGCACAAUGAGAAAUGUUUGUUAAUUCCCUCUGGUAGAUUACUGAGUAUUUAGUCAUCAUUGAAUCAUCUUCCACCAUCUUCUCCUCUGUUGCUUCUAGCUGCUCUGCUCCCAAACAAACUUCAUCCUCUAAGAUUGAAGUAAACACUUCACUCUUCUGUUUGCAAAUGGGGGUUAGGCUAGCGUAGAUGCUCAAUGGAUCCAGAUACUCAACGCACUUCAUUUGUGUCUGACUCAUUAUCCCAUAAAACCAGAGGCCUCUGGGUAUCCCAGGCUGUGAUCAGAUUGGAAGCGUACUUACUGUUUAGCGCCGCAUCUCACAUACCUGUCCACCAAAACUAUAACUGAACCAAAUUAUCACUCUGCAACCAAACUACCGAAGCCAAACUCUUCUCUCUCUCUUCGACUUAGCAAAGGCGAAGAAGGCUCAGUUUGUGGGCCAACCACCAAAACCUCAAUGUUCAGGAGUCAACAAAGAAAGAGAAAGCCGAAUAAUCUAAUCCCUCUGUUCAGCGAUGUGUCUCUCUGUAAGUGAAUGAGAUGUCGGGUUUAAUUGUUUCCCUUGUGAAUGGUCGGUGUACGAUGUUGUAGUAUUGGAGUCAGCCGAAGCAGCCUGUGUGGCUUCUUUUCAGUGAAACUGUUGUGUUGUGAUUACUGAUUUCAUUUUUUGUCUUUUCUUUUAAUUUAAGAAGAAUUUGUGUAAGCAUCCGAUAAAUGGCAAUUUGUCCCUGCCCACCUUUUUUUA